GCAUGGUGAAUUCGAACCAGAUGUCCCACCACAUGUGGCUCGACCAUUGGCUGAAAGACGUGGUCCCAAAAAUUUAGGGCACACAAAAACUCGAUGAGGGCACUUUUAAAGAAAAAUGGUCCUACUGAAACAGAGCCAAAAGGUAUUGACCCAAUUAUUUGGAGAAAGUUUGUAGAAAACGAGAUGGAUCAAAGAAAGAAGGAUCUUAAUGAACAAAACCAGAAAAAUAGAAAAGCAUCGGUGUUCUCUCAUUGUCUUGGUGGUCGAAGCUAUGCUCAAAAGGAAUACUUAAUGCUACAAGAAAAUCCUUCGAAACCGAUUUGUCGUGCUGAGAAAUGGUUGGCUGCACAUGAGCACAAGGAUGGAACAGUUCUUGAGAGUGCUAAGGAUAAAUAUGAGCAAGUGAAGGCCGCUGCUAAUAAAAGAAAAUCUCGAAGCUGUACUGGAGAGGAAUGUACGGAGACUUGGGAAGACAUUGACAGUGAUGAGAUAGCUGAAGUGUUUGGAAAUGAGAAAAAAUGAGGAGUUUGUGCCGUAGGUUCCUAGAUAUCCAAAAAGCAACUUACUCAUCUUUCGGUAGCGAAAUCAAAGAUUGAACAAAAAGAUAAAGCUCUUAAAGAUGCUAGUGAUGAGAAGGCUGCGAUACUCUCAAGAUUUGACGGCCUCGAAGGUAUGCUUCUUUCGCUAUUUUCAAAAUUGGAAAAAAUGGAAAAAACAAGUGAUACACCUACAUCUUCAAGUGAGCUUGGAUCAAAUUAUGUUAGUCCUUCUAUUUAUGCUACUCAACACCUAAACAAUAAUUUCCGCACCCUUGGAGUAGCACCAGUCCCUCCAACGAUUACUCUUGUUGAAAAUCCUCGAGUCUAUUUAUAUGAUAAGUUUGGUAAAAAAAGUAGCAAUCGGGCAUGUGGUGACAGAUGGUACAUCUAAGACGUGUCAUUUCAAAAGUGUUGGAAUUAAUGAAAAAAAAUAUAUAUAUAGAAGAAGUGAUUGAUCCUAAUGCUCGAUUGUGGGAUCCUCCUCAAGGUGGUUAUGAUACUUUGGUCGGCUUUGUUCAAGGGGGAUAUGUGAUUUGGUUCGAGAAUUGGUUAGCACCUGUUUGAGCUUGCAUUGUGUAUUUUAUUUUUAAGUUUGCUGCUUGAAACUUUAGUUAAUGUGAACCAGCCAUGGAUAAAUUUUGUAAUGGUGAAUGGUCCAUAUGGAUUUGUUGUACUUUCUAUUAAACUUCUUAUUUCCAUUGUACAACAGUAUUUUUUUGUCGGAGUUGAUUUUCAAGAAAUGGUUAUACUUAUGAUUUACCGUGUGUAUUAUUUACUAUGAUAUUGGUUAUGGAGAAUGGUUCUCAUGAUUUGUAUAUGUCUUAUUGAGUUAAUAUAUAUAU